CAAACCCAGACCCCACCAAAGAGCACCAACGCAUAUUCCCAGUAGAAUCUGAUAACACACCGUGUUUGGUUGGUCUUCGUCUCCCUCCCUCCGAAUCCCUUCCCCUUUUAUUCUGAUUUCUGCUCCUCUCCACCCUGCCUCCUAAACUACUCAAUCCCACAUAAAGAAAGUCAGACAGGAGCAGCUGAAUCAACGAAACGCCCGCCCUCAACAAAGGACAAGCAGAGAUUUUUAAUUCUCAGACUCUCGAAAGUCAACUUCAAGAAUAUCAAUUAUGGCGACCCCUCAGAUUUUGCAGAGAGAAGAAGAUCUUCUCUUAUGGCAGUCCCUCUUUGAUGACCCCAAAGGAGAAAAUGAGAAGUGCAGAGGAACGGAUAUUGAGAAAAAGAUCGAGUUCCUGGAGAGCUUGACUGGAAAAGUCAGCAACCGGAGAUCUCGAAGAUGGUUAAAUGAUCGCCUUUUAAUGGAGCUCGUUCCUCGUCUAAAUGCAGAAGAAAUUAGAGGCUUGUUUGCUCCACCGCCUUGGGGUGAUGAUGUGCCACUGUCCCCAUUUAGCAUGACAAAUAUAGGAGAAUGGGACAAAUUUAGAACCGUGGAUAUGGAUAAAGAGACGAUGAUGAUAGAAGCCCUCAAAGGUUCAGGAAUGAAACAGAAAAGUUGUGGUGAUGCAGACAAGGUUGCUGUACUUACUGCAUGGCAUAGAGUUGAUUGUAGAACUAGAGAAGCUUUCCGUCGUAGCUUUCUUCCAGAAUUGAUAAGUGGAUAUGAGGAGUGCAUCCGGGACUUUGUCAAGGAGACUGGAGAUGGUGGUGUUCUUGAGUUAAAUGUUCAAGAUCCUUUCCGCCGGUUGUUGCUGCACGGUGUUUGUGAGGUGGAUGCUUUCACGGACAAGGUGUUCAAGGGGAACCCGGCGGCAGUGUGUUUGUUAGAGGACGAGAAAGACGAAGAAUGGAUGCAAUCUGUUGCUACCGAAUUUAAUAUCUCGGAAACUUGUUACCUCACUCGGAUUGUCGACUCUGACUCACAGUCCACAACUCCCAGAUUUAAACUACGUUGGUUCACUCCAGUAGCUGAGGUUAAACUCUGUGGACAUGCAACGUUAGCAGCUUCAUAUUUUCUCUUCAGUUAUGGUCUGGUGAAUUCUGAUAAGAUAGAAUUCCUGACGCUAUCAGGAAUUUUAACAGCCAAGAAAGUGCCAGAUUCCAAAACCUCAAAUUCAAUGGACCAUCAAAAUGGCGAUAUCCAAGAGGACUACUUUGUUGAAUUAGAUUUCCCUGUAGUCCCAAUUGCUGCACCUAAUUCUGCGGAGAUCUCGGAAAUCUCUAAAAGCUUGAAUGGUGCUUCAGUGGUCGAGAUCCAUAAGACAACUACUGAAGAGGAUCUCCUUGUUGUGCUCCCAUCAGGAAAGGCAGUUGUAGAAGCAGAACCACUUUUUGAUGUGAUCAAAAGAUGGCCAGGCAGAGGGCUAAUUAUAACAGGACCUGCACCCCCUGAAUCUGGAUUUGACUUCUACAGUCGCUUCUUCUGCCCAAAAUAUGGGAUCAAUGAGGAUCCUGUAUGUGGGAGUGCACAUUGUGCCUUGGCACCGUACUGGAGCAAAAAGCUUGGGAAAUGCGAUUUUGUUGCAUAUCAGGCAUCACCAAGAAGUGGUGUGCUCCAUUUGCAUGUGGACGAGAAGAAUCAAAGAGUGCUUCUGCGAGGGAAAGCAGUUGUUGUAACAGAGGGCUCUAUUUUGGUCUGAAUUUGAUGUGCCCCCGUGAAAGUUUACAUUUGCUUGGAGCUGAAAAACAUCUUGGCAAACUUUUAAUUGAUCAUUUGUGUCGCUUCUUUUGUACCACAAACCAUCUACCGAAUAAUCUGCUUAAUUUGUAUGCCUUUGUAUUUGUGAGGAUA